UGCAAGUCUUGGGUUGUGUAACUUGUCUACACCACAAAGCAUUGUGCCUAGGAUCUCCAGGUUUUAACUGAACACCUUAUCAUCUGACCACUAGGUCGAAGUAAAUUAAUCCAUGAUCAUCAACUCCUGUUAAAUAUAUUUCAAAGUUUUUUUUGAAUUUAUGUGUUUCAUUUCUUUGAUAGACUGACUCAUUCCGUGGUUUAGCCCAAGAAUGUGUGUCAAUGUGCGUUCAGUCGUUGGUGAAAGCAAGCGAUGCAAUCAGCCUUCGUCGGACAGAACUUGAUGGACAAUUAUUUCUCAUUAAACAUCUUCUUAUACUACGUGAACAAAUGGCCCCAUUCAGUAUUGAGUUCUUAGUCAAAGAGACUAGUUUGGAUUUUUCACCAUACAAAAAUGUUGCACGUCAUAUUUGGGAACAUAGAGGAAGUGGUUUGUUUUCACUAAGUCGAGAGAAUGCCUUAUUGAGAUUUUUGUUGGAAACUCCAAAUGCAAUUGAUAUUGAAGUGGAUUCUAGGCGUCAGUUGGAUAGUCAAUUGAAAUAUACAUGUGAAUUACUUAUUGAACAACAGGUAGCACAAUUAACAGGUGAAAUGUCAAAUUUCCUUAAAAGGAUUCGUCUUUUAUUUCAAGAUAUUUGGAUUCAUUGACUUGCUCGAAUCGACUUUGUAUUUGACAACGAUUCCUUGUGACUGUUGCUUCAUCUUUGUGUCACUUAAUUUAUUUAUCUGUGAUAUCAUGGUGACUGUUUUCCAACAAGAAUGAGUGAGAAACCAUAGUAACUGAUUGAAAAUAGAAAAAACAACAUUUUUAUCAUAAACCAAACAAUUUCUUUUUGAUUAGACGUUGGAAACAAAAGUGUACAUAAACACAAUGUGGGAAGUAAACGUUUUAACACUUUCAAAUCGACAUGUUAGAUAGAAGAUGAUGACUAA